AUUCAUCCAUCCAAACUUUUUGAUGGUUUUAUUUUUGAUUAUUUUUCUCUCAUAAAAAAAACAAAACAAGACAACAAGAUCCGAUGAGAUAACAUUUUGCUUCCUUCGAUUUAUUUAUUUAUAUAAACAUCCUGUAUUUUGGUUUUUAUCCAAGUUUUUGUUGGUCAUUUUUUUGUUUGAUUUCCAUCACUUUCGAAUAUUUUGAUUUACUGAAUUCGAAAAAAAAGAAGAAAAUGUAUCGUGCUGCUCUUGCAUUAAAAUCCGGCCAUCAUCGUUUAUAUGGUGGACUUAAUGGUCUAUUGAUUAAUGGCCGUUUUGGUAUUCUUGUGAAUCAAUCACAUCCAACAUCAUCUACAAUACCGAAAUCCCAAUCGGCUGCUGCUGCAACACAAGCAGCUGUUGCAACACGUGUUGUACAGGAACCAUUCCUAAAUGGAUCAUCAUCAAUUUAUGUGGAAGAAAUGUAUAAAGCAUGGAUGAAAGAUCCAAAUUCUGUCCAUAAAAGUUGGGAUGUAUUUUUUCGUGUAUCUGAAACAGCUGAACCGGGACAGGCAUAUCUAUCGCCCGCAAUGCCUCGAACAACAAUGUAUCCAACAGCCAGUGGACGUACACCAACAACACAAGCAGAAAUACGUUCAGCAGUAACAUCAUCGGAUUCAUUACGUGAUAUUGAAGACCAUUUAUCCGUACAGGCUAUUAUUCGAUCCUAUCAGGUUCGUGGCCAUUAUACAGCACAAUUGGAUCCAUUGGAAAUACAACAACAUGCUGCAAUGAAACAUAGUUCAAUUGGUAAUGAUUUACCAUUAUCACAAGAUGUUGUACUUAGAAAAUAUAAGUUAGAGGAAAAAGAUAUGGAUCGUUUAUUCAAACUGCCGAAUACAACAUUUAUUGGUGGUGAUGAAAGUGUGUUACCAUUACGUGAAAUAUUACGUCGAUUAGAAAAUGUUUAUUGUCGUCAUAUUGGUGUCGAGUAUAUGUUUAUUAAUAAUCUGGAACAAUGUCAAUGGAUUAGGCAAAAAUUUGAAACACCUGGUAUUAUGGAUUUGAAUGAAGAAAAGAAAAAAACCUUACUAGCACGUUUGACACGUUCACAUAAAUUUGAAGAAUUUUUAGCCAAAAAAUGGUCAUCAGAAAAACGUUUCGGUCUAGAAGGUUGUGAAGUAUUGAUACCAUCAAUGAAAGAAGUUAUUGAUAAUUCAUCUGUUCUCGGUAUCGAUAGCAUCGUGAUGGGUAUGCCUCAUCGUGGCCGAUUAAAUGUGUUGGCAAAUGUUUGCCGUAAACCAUUAGAACAGAUUUUCGCUCAAUUCAAUAGUCUGGAACCAGCUGAUGAGGGUUCUGGUGAUGUUAAAUACCAUCUUGGAAUGUCACAUGAACGUUUGAAUCGUAAAAGUAAUCGUAAUAUAAAACUAGCACUAGUGGCUAAUCCAUCACAUUUGGAAGCUGUCGAUCCAGUGGUUCAAGGAAAAACACGUGCUGAACAAUUUUAUUUGGGUGAUUCACAAGGCAAAAAAGUUAUGAGCAUAUUAUUACAUGGUGAUGCUGCAUUUGCUGGUCAAGGUGUAGUGUACGAGACAUUUCAUUUGUCGGAAUUACCCGAUUAUUCAACACAUGGCACGGUACAUAUUGUUGUUAAUAAUCAAAUUGGUUUCACUACUGAUCCACGUGAAGCACGGUCAUCACCAUAUUGUACGGAUGUUGCACGUGUAGUGAAUGCACCAAUUUUCCACGUUAAUGCUGAUGAUCCUGAAGCCGUAGUACAUGUUAGUAAAGUAGCAGCAGAAUGGCGUGCAAAAUUCGGAAAAGAUGUCGUCAUUGAUCUAGUUUGUUAUCGUCGUAAUGGCCACAAUGAAAUUGAUGAACCAAAGUUUACACAGCCAUUAAUGUAUACGAAAAUUCGUAAUACAACACCGGCGGUACAUAAAUAUGCCAAGAAAUUGAUUUCGGAAAAUGUUGUCACCGAAGAAUAUGUGAAACAAUUAUGGGAAAAAUAUGAUAAUAUCUUGACCGAAGCUUAUAAAAAUACGGAGAAAGAAGUUAAAAUGUAUAACCGGGAUUGGCUUGAUUCACCGUGGCAUGGAUUUUUCGGUACUCGUUCUGAACAUAAAUGUGAUCCAACCGGUGUUGAUGAAGAAACCUUACGUCAUAUUGGUACGAAAUUUUCGACACCACCACCAGAUCCAUUUAAAAUUCAUCCUGGUCUAAAACGUAUCUUGAAAGCACGUAUGGAAAUGGUUGAAAAUCGUCAAUUGGAUUGGGCAUUGGCUGAAGCAUUAGCAUUUGGUUCUCUGUUGAAAGAAGGUAUUCAUGUUCGUUUAAGUGGUCAAGAUGUUGAACGUGGUACAUUUAGUCAUCGACAUCAUGUUCUUCAUCAUCAAACAAUGGAUAAAUCUACGUAUCGUCCAUUAUGUCAUUUGUAUGCCGACCAAGCACCAUAUACUGUAUGUAAUAGUUCAUUAUCUGAAUAUGGUGUUCUCGGAUUUGAACUUGGUUUCUCAAUGACCAAUCCAAAUGCAUUGGUAAUGUGGGAAGCACAAUUUGGUGAUUUCAACAACACGGCCCAAUGUAUUAUUGAUCAAUUUAUUUGUAGCGGUCAAGCUAAAUGGGUGCGGCAAAGUGGUCUUAUUUUACUUUUACCACAUGGUAUGGAAGGUAUGGGCCCAGAACAUUCAUCGGCUCGUCCAGAAAGAUUUCUACAAUUAUGUGCUGUUGAUUCAGAUGAAUUUCCGGUAAGUUUGAUGAUGAAUUUUUUGGAAUUUGGAUUUUUAAUUUCCAUUCCGUUCCAGGUUAUCGAUGAAUAUUUCUCAUUGAAACAAUUACAUGAUAUCAACAUGAUUGUUGCUAAUUGUAGUACACCAGCCAAUAUGUUCCAUAUACUACGUAGACAGAUUGCAUUACCGUUCCGUAAACCAUUGGUUGUAUUCACACCAAAAUCGCUGCUAAGACAUCCACAAUGUAAAUCUAGUUUUGAUGAAUUAUUACCCGAGACGGAAUUUCGUCGUUUAUUACCCGAUGAAACGGAACCUAUUCGUACGAAUCCAUCCAGUGUAAAACGUAUCAUUUUAUGCACUGGUAAAGUUUAUUAUGAAUUACUCAAAGAACGACAACAACGUAGUCUUGACGAUAAAGUUGCAAUUGUUCGUGUGGAACAAUUAUGUCCAUUUCCUUUUGAUUUAUUACGUGAUGAGUUAUCAAAAUAUCCAGAUGCUGAUCUUAUCUGGACACAAGAAGAACAUAAAAAUCAAGGAUAUUGGAGCUACGUUCAACCACUAAUACAGACAACAUUGAGACAUUUGAAUAUGGAAUCGAAAAAGUUUAAUUAUGCUGGCCGCGCAGUAUCGGCAUCACCAGCCACAGGCAAUAAACAUAUACACAAAAAAGAGAUUGAAAAAUUAUUUGCCGAUUCAUUUGCUGGUUUGUAAAAAAAAAAAAAAAAAAAUAAUACAGCUGAUUU